GAUGUGUCUCCUCAAUCUGAGCACUACGCUGUCCUCCGUUUGAAAUUCUUCAGUCAAAUAAAGCUAACAAAUCCUGAAAUUGCAUGGAGAAAAUACAAGUCGGUCUGCGCAAAUAUACAUUACACAACUCUGCUUUUUCGCCGUCGUCAUUCGUGUUAAAAACGUAAGACAAAGACGGAAGACGCGAAGUAUCAAUAUUUUAUAGCUUCUCUGCCUACUUUUUACUUUUGUCGAGCGUAGAAACUACGAAAAGGAAACAUGUCUGCUCGACCAAGGGAAGACUUGAGAGUGAAAGAUGCAUGUAUUCCUGAUUUCAUUGUCGAUCCAAGAACCCAUAAGAAAUACAAGAAAGGCCGAUUUCUCGGAAAGGGUGGGUUUGCGAAGUGCUAUGAGCUAAUUGAUGUUGCAACCAACACGACUUAUGCCGGGAAAAUUGUAUCCAAGGCUUUGUUAGUCAAGCCACAUCAAAAAGACAAGAUGUCUAUGGAGAUUGCUAUUCAUCGCAGUGUUCACCACAAGCAUAUUGUUGGAUUUCAUGGAUUCUUUGAAGAUGAUGAUAAUGUGUACAUUUUACUUGAGCUUUGCAGAAGGCGGUCUUUGAUGGAGUUACACAAACGUCGUAGAGCAAUCACUGAGCCCGAAACGCGUUAUUUCAUGCGUCAUGCAAUCCUCGCUAUGCAGUAUCUUCAUAGAAAUCAGGUCAUUCAUCGGGACCUGAAGCUGGGCAACCUUUUUAUUGAUGAUGAAAUGGAUUUAAAGGUUGGUGAUUUUGGUCUGGCCACAAAGAUAGAAAAAGAAGGAGAACGGAAGAGAACGUUAUGUGGAACACCAAACUACAUCGCACCAGAAGUACUAGCUAAGAAAGGACACAGUUAUGAAGUGGAUAUUUGGUCACUUGGAUGCAUCAUGUUCACACUGUUGGUUGGAAAGCCUCCAUUUGAAACUUCGUGUCUGAAGGACACUUACCUGCGUAUCAAGAGGAAUGAAUAUUGUAUCCCAUCUUCAUGUAAGGUGUCUCCUGCAGCACGCUCUCUUAUCUCACGUCUUCUUAAGAAUAAUCCUCAUGAGAGACCUUCAAUUGAGUCACUUUUGGAGGAUACCUUUUUCACUAGUGAUUAUCUGCCCCCUAAGCUACCCACCACCUGCUUGACUAUUGCACCACGCUUUGCACCAAUGGUGUCUCGUAAGCCACUACAGGAAAUUAACUGUAAAGAGGAGAAUGUGCAAACAACCUCAGGAGCUCUAAAGGCAGGUAUGGAAAUGCUUCGUAAAGCUUCAGGCAGUAAAUCCACACAGCUACAUCAUGAAAAUCAAGCCACUGGAAAGGAAAGAACUGGCUCUGUUAAACCUCAACUUGUACAGGCCGUAGAGGAAUGUCAUAUGACUGACCUACUUGCUCAACUUGUGUCAGUGGUUCACUCUAAGCCAUCAGAGAUACAAGAUCCGAAAAUGGAUGAUGCUGAAGACCCAGCUGCUGCACCGGUCUUAUGGAUCAGCAAAUGGGUUGACUACUCGGACAAGUAUGGCUUGGGUUAUCAGUUGAGCGAUGGAAGUUUUGGUGUACUCUUCAAUGAUUCAACCAAACUACUACUGCAAUCUAAUGGAGAAAAUAUUGAGUACAUCGAGCGUGAUGGAACAGAGAAGUUUGCUGGAAUGCAAACCUAUCCAGAAACAAUGCGAAAGAAGGUCACUCUGUUGAAAUACUUCCGUAACUACAUGAGUGAACACCUUCUCAAGACUGGUGCUGCAGUUACUCCAUUAGAAUCAGACAAUCUGGCUCGUCUACCAUGUCUUAGGACAUGGUUCAGAACACGCAGUGCAAUAGUUUUGCAUCUGAGCAAUGGAACACUUCAGAUCAACUUUUUCCAGGACCAUACAAAGGUUAUUCUUUGUCCAUUAAUGGCUGCUGUAACUUACGUUGAUGAAAAUCGACAAUUUCGUACAUUCCGUCUUAGUUUGAUUGAGAAGUUUGGGUGCUGCAAAGAGUUAGCAAGUCGAUUGCAUUAUGCUCGUAUCAUGACAGAGAGACUGCUAGCCCCCAAAGUUCCGUGUGUCAAACCUCCAAAAGAAUUGUCAUCUGGAACUGGAGGAAUAAGCUCUAAAGAUGGUGCAAUGCAGACUCUCAGAUAAGGCCAUGUACACUCUAGAGUAAAACCAUUGGAGCCUAAACUUACACUUGUAUAUAAAAUGUACAUACCUU